UUGCAACAGUUGUCAAAAGUGUCUUUGAGGUGCGGACUCUGGUGUGGACCAACUAGUGCUAGUUGCUGGGUGAUUGUUAGAUGUACGUAUAAGAAAGAAAUUUUCAACCCUACACGGUUUUUAACCCCAUACCCAGCCAUGUCACGGGCUGAAGACGCGGAUUCUCGCUUUAAAGCGGAUCUAGAGCGAGCCAUGGCCUUGUCCCUUGAGUCGGCGGUUUUGGAGACCGCGGCACGAGCAAAACGGCAAGGGCGAGAUUUUCCCGCCCUCAGUCGCCCUCUGGCCUCGACCAUUCGAAUGGGACCUCGACGAGCCUCCACACCGGAGACCAUGGCGUAUCAUCGUCAAGAUUCGUCCGGUCCACCGAGAUUGGCAUCAAACUACAGUGGCCUAGCAUUUCCGUCUCUAAGUGAGAAUCCGGGCUCUACGGCGGAAGCCUCCACAACCCGUCCUCGCCCUUCCCACAGAGGGGGUAGAAAUGCUUCAAGUAUGUUACUACCCUCGCCAAGUCGACGACAAAGUGCACCCCACGAAGUGAGAAGCUCCACCCCAAUCAGGGAAGGAUCAGCACCUCCAGAGAGUCUUUCCAGUCGCUCAACAUGGGGUGAAGAUCGGACGACCCAUCAGACUCAAGACUCGAAGAAUAACAAUCUCAUCGAUUUUUCCGGAGGCUUUUCCAAGGUGACCAAGAAUGGUCUCCUCCAGUUGUAUGACCCCAAUCAUAAUCAUCCACAAGUGCCAGCUCUGGUGAAUGCGCCUUUGGUGCCAACCAGAUUCGACAGCCUGUCAUCCGCAGUGCCUUCCCAUUUAGCCAUUCAAUACUCAGGACCCAAUUCCAUGCCCCCGGGAGGGAAUUUCAAUUGUCCGUCCAAUUUAACCGUUCAACCCGCAUCGUUGAAUGGCGCCCAAGGUCUGAGCAAGUCGAUAAGUUGGAGUGAGGGCAACCCAUUGAGCCAACAAACCGCCAGACCUGGAGGAUCUUUCCCAAUGCCGAUAAAGCGUGAAUCGUUCUCGGACUACACUCUGAAGAAUAAGGCCUCUGAUAGCCUGAUUGACUUUGGUCAACUCCAUUUGACUUCUCAGAUGAGAGAACAAGAGAAGCAAUUGACCCGAGUGAGUGUGGUAAAUUUCUUUGAUCCUCUUCUAGCCGGAGAAAACGAGGUGGAAGUGACGAAAGAGACCUUCCUUGAAGACGAAGGGGAUGCACACGAUCCUUUGGGAGUUGGGAAUCGCUUCUCAGAAGUGGAAAGUAGCUUCCUAAACCCAUUCGAGUAUAUGAGUAAUCGAUCCGAGCAAUCGUUCUUGGGCCGCUCCACAGACUUGGAUCCAUUCGAGCAAUCCAAUACUAACGACAAGACCGACUCCGGACAUAAUCUCUCCGAGACCAUAAGUGAGUCAUCACGAGCCCCGACCAAAGUGAAAUCGACCAUUGAGAUCCUCCCUGGGCUUCAUAAGGAGAAAGAUGUCACCAUGGACAAGGAAAUCGUGGCCUUUGCCCAAAUGGUCAAGGACGUCCGUUCUAAGUUCAAGUUCGACGAGAAGGAAACCAAUCCAGGAAUCGUGAAUUGUCCCAAGAUCGUAAGCCCUUAUCCAUUGGACACUUGCGUCAAGAUCGUGGUCCAUUGGAGCUCGGGUUUAAACCGGAAACACACCAAUUUUACCAGUCUUGUGACCAACAAGGUGGAGAUGCUCAUAGGAAAAGCUGUGGUGGACUUGAUCAACUCGGAAGGCUUGGACACGAGGGAUUUCUCCUUCCAAGUCAUGGGCUCGAUUGAGGUCUUGGAUCCGAAUGCCUGUCUCAAGGACUUUGAACAUGUCCAUCAAUGCUACAAAUUCGACCGAGAUGUCGAGUUCGAGCUCAUCCAUCGCAAGGAUAUGAUCUUGCCCUAUCUUCGUACCGCUGAAGACGACAAGCGAGCCUUAAACAUUCGCAUAGAGGACAUCUCUCCUAAAGAUCAAACGAAAACCCUAUCCUACGAUGACCUCCACAUCGUCCUAGAUAACCUCCGUCAAGAGACCGAGACUAUGAAGAAGGGCGUGGAAUCGCUCAAAUCCGGGAGCCAAGUCCGAGCCAUCGAGGGUCUGUGUCCGCAGAAAGUGAGCCAGUCCGUCAAAUUAGUGUGCGCCAAGUUGGGCUUGAUCGAGACCUUGGACGUGUCCAAGGCCAUGGAUUCGUUGUUGGCGGACUGCAUCGAGUUCGACCAAUCCCCCGAUAGCUUGGCGUUUUCCCGCCAAAGUGCUCGCCAUAAUUCCAGUAACAAGCAUGUGAACGAAGUCAUCAAUUAUGCGCAUGUGGAGGACGAAUCCAUAAGCAAGAAAGCCGAAAGAAUCCUCGAAGGAUUGGACCAGCUCACUCAUGCGGUUCAGCAGAGUUUGGUGACCUAUUCGAAAUCGUUCCGAGUGAACUUCUCGUUCAGUUAUGAGGAGGAUCAAGCCGAGAUUCCGAUUUUGAGUGAGGUCGUGGAGGAUUCUUUCUUCUUUCAUGUGGAUGCCGUCCAUCGAUUGGAUUCAUCUUGGUUUUACGACGACUAUUCACUCCGGGUGGAUUUGUACCAUGGCUUCACUUGCAUCAUGCACCCUCUCUAUUCUCCGUUCAGAGGGUUGAGUGAAAGCUUCUAUCCUUGGAUCAAGCUCGAUCACACUAUGGACUUACAAAAGGCCAUCGCCUUGAUCCCGAGGGAAGCGCGUCUGGUAUUCACCCUAACUGGAAGAAGGGUUAUUCAUAAAGGCGAGGAGGCUAAAACCAUCAAGAAGGAGUUGGGCUGGGCCUCACUUCAAUUGUUCAGCUUUGACCGUCAUUUGGUCAGCGGGUCUUAUUUCUUGACCCUUUGGUCCCCAGAGGCCCAGAAGCGAUUAGGGCCAGCUCCAGAUUCGGGAAGUCAUCCCAAUGCCGACACUUGUCCUCUAUUGAGCAUCAAAAUUCCCGAAUGGGAGCGACCCGUCGUAUUCCCGGAUAUGAUCCCGCUCGACAUCACCAUCAUGAAUAAAGCAUGGUGCUUUGAGGAUCUACCGUGGGAGACCCAAAAAAAUCUGGAGGAAAUUUGUGAUCUGGACAUUUUGAGCUUCAUGAAGGACUCAAAAGGCUACCAAGAAAGACUCUGGGAAAAGCGAUAUUAUCUCCAAAGUAUACCCUGAGCUCUACCCAAAGUACUCCUCUCUGCCAGAUCUUGGGACCUAGACACCCUACCAGAGCUUUAUGCUUUUUUACAAAUGUGGAAGAGACCCGAACCCAUGGACAUUCUCCAACUGUUCCUCCCCAUUUUCCCGGACGACCGAGUUCGGAGGUGUGCCAUUGAGUGGAUGGCCGAGAUGACGAACGACGAAAUCAUCGACUACUUGCCUCAAUUGCUCGAAGCCUUGAAGCAUGAGACCUGGUCCAAUUCACCCUUAGCCUGUCUGCUUCUCGAAAGGUCAUUGACCUCGCCCAGAAUCGCGCAUUACCUCUACUGGUACCUGACCCAGAGCCUCCCCGGAAACACGCCCCAAAAUACGAGUGAGGAACGCAUCUGUGAAGUCCGUGUGGCUCGAUAUCGACGCCGACUUCAGAUGCUCAUGCGGGCCUUACUCGUCACUGUUGGUGAAGCCAUGGAGAACUCGUUCCACAAGCAGACCAAUCUCCUUUUGUUGGUGAAUGAUGCGGCCAAAGAGGUCAAGAAGGCCAAGGAUGCAAGUAAAAUGAUGGUGUUGAGGAAGCAUAUGGAGAUUGUCAACCAACAUCUCCGAUCCACCCAAACGGCCUUGCCGCUCUCACCGGGUCGAAUCGCCUGUGGAGUGGAUGUGAAUCAGUGCGACUAUUUCAAGUCCAAUACGGUGCCUCUGAAGAUCAUGUUCGAAACCCGAGACAAUUUUGUGCCGCAUGGUGGCCACAGUGAGAGCCGAAGCAGUCCGGAAGGCUCUCCAGGGUUCGACCAAACAAGCUUUUCAACCCUGGAGAGCAGUUCGAUUGCCCCGGUAAUUUUCAAACGGGGCGAUGAUCUCCGCCAAGAUUCGCUCGCCAUGCAGCUGAUCCGAGUCAUGGAGAAGAUCUGGUUGAGUGAAGACCAGAACCUGAAAAUGGUCACUUUCUCGUGUGUGCCCACGGGAGACUGCGAGGGCAUGAUCGAGCUGGUUCGACAGGCCAAGACCUUGAGAGAGAUACAGACCGCCCAUGGGAUGAACGUGCCACUACGUGUGCAAUCCAUUCAGGAAUGGCUCCAGAAAUACAAUCAAUCCCCGUUGGAAUACGCGAGAGCAGUCAAAAAUUUCACCGAAUCUUGUGCGGGUUAUUGUAUUGCUACAUAUAUCUUGGGCGUGGGUGACCGACACAAUGACAACAUCAUGAUCAAAACCACGGGACAUUUGUUUCACAUCGACUUCGGAAAGUUUUUUGGAGAAGCCGAGUUGUUCAUCAAUUUCAAACGGGAUCGCACUCCCUUCGUGCUCUCCCAAGAUAUGGCUUAUGUGAUCAACGGAGGCGAGGAGAAGCCAGCACAAAUGUUCCAAGACUUCAUGAACCUCUGUUGUAAGGGAUUCAAUAUCUUGCGCAAGAACGGGAACCUGCUCGUGAAUCUGGUCGCACUUAUGACCUCGUCUGGAAUUCGCGGAAUUGGCUCAAAUGCAGUGGAAUUCGUUCGAAACGCAUUGCUUCCUGAUCUAUCCAACAGUGAGGCCUCCCAACAUUUCUCGAGGAUGAUUCAAGAGUCCCUGAACAAUUGGUUCACCCAAUGGAACUUCUUGUUUCAUAAUUUGGCCCAAAAGAACAGCGAAAAAUCCGAUGGAUCUCUUUUGUCAUUCGCUUCCAAACGUUCUUCGCGAGUCACGGAUGGAGCCAUAACUGAUGUUAAAGUUGUGAGCGUUCAAAAACGCUACAGCCCGGACAAGCAUUACAUGUUCAUUCUUCAAGUCAAACGAGAAGGCGUGAAAGACAUGUUGCACCUAUUCAGAUCCUACAAGGAGUUUUGCGAACUCGAAUCCAAAAUUGCGUCCACAUUUCCCUCAUCCAAUUGCCCAAGCUUGCGCCGCAAUGCCAUCAACAUAGGACGUCAAGAGAUCAAGGAAGUGGCUCAUCAACGGAUGUUGGCCAUUGCGUCCUUUCUCUUCCACUUGUUCCAAGAUCCGUCCAUAUCGGAAAGUGACCUUGUUUACACCUUCUUUCAACCCAUACUCAGAGACCAAGAGGAAGUGGACAUCCAGCAGGAGAAACUUAAACACAAAAACCGGAAUGAGAAUGAGGUUUCCUCUCUUCGCAUCCAAGGAGAACUCCAACUUUCCCUGGAAUAUCACAAGGGAAGUUUUUUUGUGAUGGUUCGACAUGGGAAGAAUCUACCCAAAGUGGCUGGAUCCAACGAGGAGCCCAAUACUUACGUUAAGGCCUAUUUGAAGCCAGAUCAUUGCAAAGAAACCAAAAGGAAAACCAAAGUUGUCAGAAAGAACUGUCAUCCGUCCUACAUGGAAACCUUGGAGUAUCGCAGUGAGUUUUUGAGCAGAUUCAAAUGUAAAACCCUCGAAGUGACCGUGUGGAAUGAUGACCUAUUCCAAGAGAACCAGUUCCUCGGCUGUGUUUGUAUACCAUUGGAGAACCUGGAUCUAAGUAGAGAAACUACCCGUUGGUACAAACUGAAGCAAUACAACAGAGGCUGAUAGACUUUUUAUUUCUCUUCACACUCAUUUACUCUUUCCCUUUCUAUCGACCUAUGCCUUAUAUUUCCGUGAUAUUUAGCUACCAUACCAUAUCAAAUGAUCCAUGAAUUAUAAUUUUCCAAUAAACUACUACUUCGUCUUCGG